GUCAGUCUCUGUAAUUGUCUUCUUCUUCUUCAAUAGUCAAUAAUCUUCCUCAACAGAGCAACAGAAAGUAGAAUUAUAUUUAAUUAUUACUAAAAAGCUGCAGCUGCUGCCAUGGACGAACUUCGAGUCUUGCUGGUGACCUUCCCGGGCCAAGGCCACAUCAACCCGUCUCUCCAGUUCGCCAAGCUCCUCGCCGGCAUGGGCCUCAAGGUGACCUUCGUCACCGCCUCCUCCGCCAUCAGCCGCAUGGCCAGGGCCGCCACUUCUCCCCCGCCGAGCUUGACCUUCGCCGGCUUCUCUGUCGAGGGGUUUAAUACCGGCGUCGACAUCGACGACUACAUGGUUGAGCUGCGGCGGAGGGCCUCCGACGCGGUGGAGGAGAUGAUCACCUCCGCCGCGGCAAAAGGCCAGCCUUUCGUCCAUGUGGUCUACACCAUUCUUCUUCCAUCGGUCGGCAAGAUCGCUCGUAAUCAUAACAUUUCGUCCACAUUUCUCUGGGUUCAGCCCGCCAGCCUUUUCGGGUUUUACUACCACUACUUGAACGGCUAUGGCGACGCCAUUCGAGAGAAUGGCAACGACCCGUCGUGGUUCAUCGACUUGCCACGACUGCCUCGCCUCCAUAGCCGCGAUCUUCCCUCUUUUGUUCAAGCUUCAAACACGUAUAGCUUCGCAAUUCCAUCGGUUCAGAAGCAUCUGGAGGUACUUGCUGAGGAGAAAAACCCAAGAAUUCUCUUCAACACAUUCGACGCAUUGGAAACCGAGGCACUGCGAAUUACCAAGAGCAUCAACCUGGUCGCCGUUGGGCCAUUGAUCCCUUCGGCCUUCUUGGACGGCAAGGAUCCAUCCGACACUUCUUUCGGAGGAGACCUGUUCCAGGAAUCAGAGGAUCACUACAUCGAAUGGCUGAAUUCGAAGCCGAACGAAUCCGUUGUUUAUGUGUCCUUCGGGAGCCUUUCGGUCCUAUCGGAUCAGCAAACGGAGGAAAUUGCUCGAGGGCUGCUGGAGAGCCGCCGGCCGUUCUUGUGGGUGUUGAGAAGAUCGGAAAACGGCGAGAAGCAAGAAGACAAGCUGACCAGGAAGAAGGAACUAGAAGAGCUUGGGAUGAUCGUUCCAUGGUGUUCCCAACUGAAGGUUCUGCAACACCCAUCGGUGGGAUGCUUUGUGAGCCAUUGCGGCUGGAAUUCAACUUUCGAGAGCUUGGUUUCCGGUGUUCCGGUGGUGGGUUUCCCGCAAUGGUCGGACCAGACGAUGAACGCUAAGCUCGUUGAAGAUGCAUGGAAGACGGGGAUCAGAUUGACAGAAAACGAGGAUGGAAUAGUUGAUGGGGAUGAGAUCAAGAGGUGCGUAGAACUGGUGAUGGGCAAAGGAGGGAAGGGAGAAGAGUUGAGAAGGAAUGCGAAGAAGUGGAAGGAUUUGGCUAUUGAAGCCGCCGGCGACCAUGGAUCGUCGACGGCAAAUCUCAAGGCUUUCAUCGACGAAAUCAAAUUUGGGGCGGUCCCCUCAUAGGACAACAAGACGCAGCAUUGCCUUCUUGGUUCUGUGAUUAGAAAUGAUCCACUGUGUCUAGUACUAAUCCAAAAUAAGGGUUAUUAAUAAUAAAAUAUUUAUAAUUAUAAUUUA